CAUACCCAACCCAGUUUCUUUCCUAUUGGCGGCAUUCUCCAUUUUAGAACCCCAAAUUCAGAAAAAAUAAUAGGUAACUUUCGCACCAGCACCAUCCAUACCAAGAUAACAUUUGGUCAUAAUCAAGAAGUGGACCAUAAUGGCAAGUAGUGUUGGCACUUCACCUCUACUUUUACCAGUUGGUAUUAGAAGUCAGCCUGAAGCUGAUGUUAAGCGUAAUGGACCAAACAUUGUUGGGCUGAAACCCUUACCAUAUAACAUCAGAAAAGGAGAACUUAAAACUGCUACAUUGCAGAGUUCAUCAUAUACUAGACGUGCAGUUGCUUUGAAUACUAAAUGUGCUGCUGCAGCUGCAAGUGCAUCCCAGACCCUAACACGCAAUACUCGGUCAAUGACUAUAACACCUGACAAAGUGAAGUCCCCUAAACUUGAUAACAAUGGACCUGGUUUGCCACCUCGAGACGACGAUGGAAAUGGUGGUAAUGGAGGAGGCGGAGGUAAGUUUUCAGGUGGUCUCCACCUUUUGGGUAUUCUUGGUGUGCUUGAUAUUCUAAAGGACAUUGAGAAACAAUGGCAAAAAAAACAAAAGAGAUGAUCUUCAAGAUCAGGAUUCAUACGGUAGGAUUGAGAUUACUUUACAAAUCUGAUGCAAACUCCUACUUUACAACAGAGACAGUGCAGGGAUUCAUUUUCAAGUAUACAAGCAACUUGGAAUACUUCAAAUGCUUAUAGAAAUUAAUUACUGAGGAAUGGCUUUAUGAUUUUUUUUUUAAGAAGGUUUAUAAAGAUAGAAUGACUAUAAGUAGAAUUUAGAUUCGAUAUUACGAUUUUACCUCGAAGCAGUAUUCGGAUUUGUUCCUGUGGAGAAUUUUAAUGAAUGUGUCUCUACAUACUCUGCUUAUAUAUCCGUAUCCCAACCUAUUAUUUAGAUUCACUAAA